UUUGUGCGCGGCGGCAGCGACGGCGGCGGGAGCGGGCGGCGGGAGCGGGCGGCGGGAGCGGCCAGCACGGAGGCGGAGGCCGAGGGGGCUGUACACAGGUCGCUGCGGAGAGGCGUGCGAAUUCCGAGUGGAACCCGAGGACCUUGCUGCCUGCCCCGGUUGGACCGCCCGCCACAGGCUGCUCUCUGGCACCAGUGGCUGCUGCGCGACCCCCGUCCCGCCACUUCCCUUUCCCACCCACCUCCCGCAGUCUUCCUCCUCCCCGCAGCGCGCCCGGCCCGGUCCGGCCGUGGCCCUCCUCGGUGCCGGCCGCCAUGGCAGAGGCGUCCGGCGCGGGGGAAAUCUAGCCCGGGGAUUUCAUGAGGCCUAGCUUGGUUCCGUCUCCUCCCCCCGCGGCCCCGGCAGCUGUCCGCACCCCAGCCCCAUUCCGGGCCUCCGUGUCUCUCCUGUGAUCGUACUGACACGGCCGGGGGGUUAGAAUGGAACAAACUGAAGGCCCGAUGAGAGAAAGGGAAAGUUAAGGAUGCUGGAGCAGAACAAUGGAUUUCUCUUUCUCUUUCAUGCAAGGGAUCAUGGGAAACACAAUUCAGCAACCACCUCAACUCAUUGACUCCGCCAACAUCCGCCAGGAGGAUGCCUUUGAUAACAACAGUGACAUUGUUGAAGAUGGUGGCCAGACACCGUAUGAAGCUACCUUGCAGCAAGGCUUUCAGUACCCACCUACAACAGAAGACCUUCCUCCACUCACAAAUGGCUACCCACCAUCAAUCAGCAUGUAUGAACCUCAAACCAAAUACCAAUCAUAUAAUCAAUAUCCCAAUGGGUCAGCCAAUGGCUUUGGUGCAGUUAGAAACUUUAGCCCCACUGACUAUUAUCAUUCAGAAAUUCCAAACACAAGACCACAUGAAAUUCUGGAAAAACCUUCCCCUCCACAGCUACCACCUCCUCCUUCGGUACCACAAACUGUGAUUCCAAAGAAGACUGGCUCACCUGAAAUUAAACUAAAAAUAACCAAAACUAUCCAGAAUGGCAGGGAAUUAUUUGAGUCUUCCCUUUGUGGAGACCUUUUAAAUGAAGUACAGGCGAGCGAGCACACAAAGUCAAAGCAUGAAAGCAGAAAAGAAAAGAGGAAAAAGAGCAACAAGCAUGACUCAUCUAGAUCUGAAGAGCGCAAGUCACACAAAAUCCCCAAAUUAGAACCAGAGGAGCAAAAUAGACCAAAUGAGAGGGUGGACAUUGUACCCGAAAAAACAAGAGAAGAGCCAGUACUCAAAGAAGCCACCCCGGUUCAGCCAGUACUAUCUUCUGUUCCAACAACAGAAGUGUCCACUGGUGUUAAGUUCCAAGUUGGAGAUCUUGUUUGGUCCAAGGUGGGAACCUAUCCUUGGUGGCCUUGUAUGGUUUCAAGUGAUCCCCAGCUUGAGGUUCAUACCAAAAUUAACACAAGAGGUGCCCGGGAAUAUCAUGUCCAAUUUUUUAGCAACCAACCAGAGAGGGCUUGGGUUCAUGAAAAGCGGGUACGGGAAUAUAAAGGUCAUAAACAGUAUGAAGAAUUACUGGCUGAGGCAACCAAACAAGCCAGCAAUCACUCUGAAAAGCAAAAGAUUCGGAAACCCCGACCACAAAGAGAACGUGCCCAAUGGGAUAUUGGCAUUGCCCACGCAGAGAAAGCAUUGAAAAUGACUCGAGAAGAAAGAAUAGAACAGUAUACUUUCAUCUAUAUCGAUAAACAGCCUGAAGAGGUUUUAUCUCAAGCAAAAAAGAAUGUUGCCUCCAAGACCGAAGUUAAAAAAACCCGGAGACCCAGAUCUGUGCUGAAUACUCAGCCUGAACAGACUGAUACUGGGGAGGUGGCCUCCUCACAGUCAAGGACUGAGAUUCGGAGACAGAGCCAGAGGCGGCACACAAGCGUGGAAGAAGAAGAACCACCUCCUGUUAAAAUAGCUUGGAAAACUGCAGCUGCUCGGAAAUCCUUACCAGCUUCCAUUACAAUGCACAAAGGGAGCCUGGAUUUACAGAAGUGUAACAUGUCUCCAGUUGUGAAAAUUGAACAAGUAUUUGCUCUUCAGAAUGCGACAGGAGAUGGGAAAUUCAUCGAUCAAUUUGUUUACUCAACAAAGGGAAUUGGUAACAAAACAGAAAUAAGUGUCAGGGGGCAAGACAGGCUUAUAAUUUCUUCACCAAACCAGAGAAAUGAAAAGCCAACACAGAAUAUAUCACCUCCUGAAACAACAUCUGGUCCAACAGGCUCAGUAGAAAAGAAGCAACAGAGAAGAUCAAUUAGAACUCGUUCUGAAUCAGAGAAAUCCGCUGAGGUUGUGCCAAAGAAGAAGAUCAAAAAGGAGCAGGUUGAAACAGUUCCUCAGGCAACAGUGAAGACUGGAUUACAGAAAGGUGCCAGCGAGAUUUCAGAUUCCUGUAAACCUCUAAAGAAAAGGAGUCGCGCCUCAACUGAUGUAGAAGUGACUAGUUCCGCAUACAGAGACACAUCUGACUCCGAUUCUAGAGGACUGAGUGAUCUGCAGGUAGGCUUUGGAAAACAAGUAGAUAGCCCUUCAGCUACUGCAGAUGCAGAUGUUUCUGACGUGCAGUCCAUGGAUUCAAGUUUGUCUAGAAGAGGCAUUGGAAUGAGUAAGAAGGACACUGUGUGUCAGAUCUGUGAAAGCUCUGGUGACUCUCUGAUUCCUUGUGAAGGAGAUUGCUGCAGACACUUUCACCUGGAGUGCCUGGGAUUGACAUCAAUCCCUGAUGGAAAGUUCAUCUGCAUGGAAUGUAAAACUGGGCAACACCCAUGCUUUUCAUGUAAGGUGUCUGGUAAAGAUGUGAAGCGUUGUUCUGUUGGUUCUUGUGGGAAAUUUUAUCAUGAAGCCUGUGUCCGCAAAUUCCCCACUGCCAUCUUUGAAUCAAAAGGAUUCCGCUGCCCCCAGCACUGCUGCUCUGCCUGCUCUAUGGAGAAAGAUCUCCACAAAGCAAGUAAAGGACGCAUGAUGAAAUGUCUGAGAUGUCCAGUUGCCUACCACUCUGGAGAUGCUUGCAUUGCUGCUGGAAGCAUAUUUUUGUCCUCCUACAUUCUCAUCUGUAGUAAUCAUUCCAAACGAAGCAGUAAUUCUUCUUCUGCUAUAAAUGUAGGCUUUUGUUUCGUUUGUGCCAGAGGGCUGAUAGUUCAGGACCAUUCAGACCCCAUGUUCAGUUCAUAUGCCUAUAAGUCCCACUACCUACUGAAUGAAUCAAAUCGUGCUGAGUUGAUGAAAUUACCUAUGAUUCCUUCUUCGUCAGCUUCCAAAAAGAAAUGUGAGAAAGUUAUUAAGACUGUUUAUUUGUUUCAAGGUGGAAGAUUGCUCUGCUGUGAAUCGUGCCCAGCUUCCUUCCACCCGGAAUGCCUGAGCAUAGAAAUGCCAGAAGGCUGCUGGAAUUGUAAUGACUGUAAAGCUGGCAAGAAACUACAUUACAAGCAGAUUGUUUGGGUCAAAUUGGGAAAUUACAGAUGGUGGCCAGCAGAGAUCUGCAAUCCCAGGUCUGUGCCACUGAACAUCCAGGGCCUUAAACAUGACUUGGGGGACUUUCCUGUGUUCUUCUUUGGUUCUCAUGACUACUAUUGGGUACACCAGGGCAGAGUGUUCCCUUAUGUUGAAGGAGAUAAAAGCUUUGCUGAGGGACAGACUAGUAUUAACAAGACCUUCAAAAAAGCACUGGAAGAAGCUGCAAAACGUUUCCAGGAAUUGAAAGCACAAAGAGAAAGUAAAGAAGCACUAGAGAUUGAGAAAAACUCAAGAAAACCUCCUCCUUACAAACACAUCAAAGCUAACAAAGUAAUAGGAAAGGUACAGAUACAGGUUGCCGACCUGUCGGAGAUUCCUCGCUGUAACUGCAAACCUGCUGAUGAAAACCCAUGUGGCUUGGAAUCAGAGUGUCUGAACAGAAUGUUACAGUACGAGUGUCACCCCCAGGUCUGCCCAGCUGGAGAUCGUUGUCAGAACCAGUGCUUUACAAAGAGGCUAUAUCCGGAUGCAGAGAUCAUCAAAACAGAGCGAAGAGGCUGGGGCCUCAGAACCAAAAGGAGCAUUAAGAAGGGCGAAUUUGUAAAUGAAUACGUUGGUGAAUUAAUUGAUGAAGAAGAAUGCAGACUGCGAAUCAGGCGAGCCCACGAGAACAGUGUAACUAAUUUUUAUAUGUUAACUGUUACAAAGGAUCGUAUAAUUGAUGCUGGCCCAAAAGGAAAUUAUUCUCGUUUUAUGAACCACAGUUGUAAUCCAAACUGUGAAACACAGAAGUGGACAGUGAAUGGAGAUGUUCGAGUUGGACUUUUUGCCCUUUGUGAUAUUCCUGCAGGGAUGGAGUUAACAUUUAAUUAUAACUUGGAUUGUCUGGGCAAUGGCAGAACGGAGUGCCACUGUGGGGCAGAUAACUGCAGUGGUUUUCUAGGAGUGCGGCCAAAGACGGCAUGUGCAUCAACAAUUGAAGAGAAGGCAAAAAGUGCCAAGUUGAAGCAGAAGAGACGAAAAAUCAAAACAGAACCAAAGCAGAUGCAUGAAGAUUACUGUUUUCAAUGUGGAGAUGGUGGAGAGCUGGUCAUGUGUGACAAAAAAGACUGUCCCAAAGCAUACCACCUCCUAUGCCUUAACCUGACUCAACCACCAUAUGGAAAGUGGGAGUGCCCGUGGCAUCAGUGUGAUGAGUGCAGCAGUGCAGCCGUUUCCUUCUGUGAGUUCUGUCCGCACUCGUUUUGUAAAGAUCAUGAAAAGGGGGCUCUGGUUCCCUCUGCAUUGGAAGGCCGUCUCUGCUGCUCUGAACAUGACCCUUUAUCUCCUGUGUCACCAGAAUACUGGAGCAAGAUCAAAUGUAAAUGGGAAUCACAAGAUCAUGGAGAAGAAGUAAAAGAAUAAAUGGGUGGUGAUCCCCCCUUUCUGUUUAAAUGAAAUGAAAAGAAAAAAGCAAGUAGAUAAUGCAUUCAAAAAGAAGAGACUGCUGCAGCGCAUACAGCCUUUGCCAUCAGAACUGCCUUAUUAAAGCAAAAAUGGGAAACCAGUGUACACAGGCAGAAGCAGUUGGUGGUGUCUAGUUUUUGCUUUGGUUUUUUGGUUUGGGGAUUCUUCUCUGGAGGGUUAAAUUCCCUUGGUGUUUUCUUGCCUUUUAUUGUGCUUCAAUGCCUUUGCAGCUAGGAAAAGAGAUGUCUUUGCUUUUAAAGUAAGAACAAAGAGAAAGGAAAGUUUUGUUAGUAAGAUCAAUUUAAAGUCUAAGAUGUGUUUCUUGGUUGUAUAAAGCAAAAGUAGCCAUCAUUUCUUUAUUUAUUUUCAUUUUUAGGAACUUCAAGAUGUGUAGUUCAAAUAGUCUACUGUGUGUGUGUGUGUGUGUGUGUGUGUGUGUGUAUGUUAAGUAGGAAUCUGAGGAAGCCCUGUAGAAAUGAUCACCUUCAUAUACCUCUUUACUGAGCAGUAAGUAGGCUACCUUCUCUUUCCCUUCAGAAUGUUUUUCAUAGUUUUAGAGAAGGGUUGUCUGGAAGUAUUAAAUCUGGCCUCUUGAAAACAAAUGCCUUGAUGAAUUUUAUCUCUGUGGUCUUAAACCAGGUAGGCUUUGUGAUAUGGUAACUCUAUCUAGAAAGGUAUAUAAUGUGUAUUUUGUUUGUUUGUCUAUUCAUUUGUUUAUUUUGGAGGAAGAAAAGGAGAGGGUGCGCUCACUGAUUUUGAAAUGUUAUCCAAUGACAACAUUUUGGUGGAGUGCAUUUAUGUGAAUAUGAAUGCAUAGGUGGAAUGGUCACUUCUGUUAUUUUGACACACUGAUAAAGGCAGCUAAAGGGAAAUGAAAGGCACAGAACAAAAGCUGGACCAUAUGAGCACCAUCUAAUGUCCAGUUUAAUGUAUACCCUGGUUUGACUUAAAAUUAUGGACAUUUUAUAUUUUCUUUUUUUUUUUUUUUGGGUGCUGGGGAUCGAACCCAGGUCCUUGUGCUUACAAAGCAAGCACUCUACCGACUGAGCUAUCUCCCCAGCCCCCUAUAUUUUCUGUCUAUUUCACUCUCCUAAUCAAAUAUUUCUUUGUCAGCACCAUUCAGUCAUGUUUCCUAGUAAUGCUAUACAAAUGGAUUUAAAUUGUAUUUUGAAUAGAUCUUUCUGAUUGUAUUCCUAAUUUGGGGGGUAAGCAGUAAGGGCAUCCCCAAGUUAUAUGUAAACAAUCUCUAAUUAGUAUUAUCCAAUACUUAAGAUUGCCCUUGGAUGGAUAUGGUGUCACAUACCUAAAAUUCCAGCAGCUUGGGAGGCUGAGGCAGGAGGGUCACAGGUUCAAAGUCAGCCUCACCAACUUAGCAAAUUUGUAAGAAUCUAGUGAGACACUGUCUCAAAAUAAAAAAUAAAAAGGGCUGGGGAUAUGACUCAGUGGUUGAGCACCCCUGGGUUCAAUUCCUGGUACCCCACCCCACCCCCCCAAAAAAAGAAUGCCCUCAUUGUGUAAGAGGAAGAACUUCUAUUUUUACAGGGUAUGUAAAAGCCAAACAAACACACUUCAUCUUAGGAAAUUCUUGGAGAAAGCUCCCAAGAAAGUCAGUGUUAGCAAAAUUGUUUGACUAUAAUGCUUGAGUCUUAUUGAUAAAAGUAUACCAAGUUGUCUGCCCACAAAACUCACUUGCAUUUAAUGUUUAGUAGUGAAUAUAUAUAUAUAUAUUCAUACACACAAACAUAUAUAUAUACAUAUAUAAAAUCCAGUAUUCCUUGAAUAAAAUAAUUAUUAAUGUCAGACAUUGUUGUAACACUGUACUAAAUAGAAGUCUAGGGUUAGCCUGAAUGAUUGUUAACUUUCUCUGUGAAUUUUGACUGCUUGCAGUUGCUGGUACCUGGUAGAAUUUAUUUUCCCUCAAGAAGUAUCUAAUUAACCUUAUGAAGGUAGGGAGAAUAGAUGCUCUACUUCAGUUGUAUUGAGUGUGUUCUAUUUCCUUAUCAAUUUAGAGCUCUUUUCUGGAAAGAAGAAAAAGUUGUUUUGUGCCUGCCCCCCACUCUCUGUAUAUAUAUGUGCAAUUAAACUAGAUUAUCUUGUACAAAAAAAAAAAAAAAAAAAAACAGCAACAACACUACAAAUUCUUAA